GUUGAUUAAACCAGCUUCAUUGGCAAAUACACACCAGCUCUUGCCAGAGUCACUGGGAAGGGAUGAAGAUAGAAUCACAGAAAUAGAGAUAACACUUUGGAGGGAUUUUUACUACCUCGGCCAAGAUAGGAUUUUCUUUAGUUGGAUAUACAUAAACGCACUCAGUUUGUUUUCAUUAUAUUCAACCCCUCGUGGCCACUGCUAUUUGCUAUUUAUAGCGAUAAUUCAUGGGAACCUGUCUCACUGAACACCGACCGAAAAAGCGAGUAGCCGCAAAAACAUCUAGAUGUCUCGGAUGCUUUACCGUAAGGACUGUUCACUGCCCAAUUUUCCUGAAACACUGCUGUUAUGAUCUCCAAUGGAUUUUACCAUUUGAACUAAAUUUUCAAAGAUGGGAAACAUCUUUCAUCGUUCCAGCCGAAUUACUGACGCGGUGGCAGCAUGGAAACAACAGAAUAGAGAAUUUCCAGUCCAUCCAUUAUAUACCUUAGUAAACUUCAACAAUGGAGGAAAACUUGUGGAUGCGUACAAUAAGGGAGGGAGAGAAAAACUGAUACAAGCUUUAAAGGGGCAUGUGGAGCCCUUGCUUUACAACCGAGGCAAGGGAGAUAUUAUCAGCAAAACUGAAUAUCUUCGCUGGCGAUAUCAAACUCAUCUGAGACUGUUGGAUACAAAUAAGGCAACGCCUUUAAAAACAGAUGAAGAACUUCUUUCAGAAUAUCGCGAAGAUAAAUACCAGAAGUUUACAGAACAUGAGGCUUGUUGGAGCCUGAACAGUCGUGGUCCCAUGGGAGAAACAGCUUUGCACAUUUGUUUCCUUCUAAAUACUCCGGUUCACAUACAAAUAGCACAUAUCAUGAUUGAAAUGUACCCCAAAUUGGUUCUCGAUGUCUAUGAAGGAACUGAAUAUUUUGGUGAAAGUUCCUUACACAUUGCUGUUGUUAAUGGUAACCUAAGAUCUGUUCAGUAUUUGAUUUCCAAAAAUAUAAAUGUUAAUCAGAGAGCAACAGGUACAUUUUUCUUACCUGCUGAUCAAGUAGGACGGCGCAAAAAAGAAACGGACUUUAAAGGGUUGGCCCACUAUGGGGAAUAUCCCCUUGCGUUUGCUGCCUGCCAUGAACACUAUGAGAUUUAUGAUUACCUCAUGAACUAUGGUGCUAACCCAAACUUUCAAGAUAGUUUCGGUAAUACAGUUUUACACAUGAUCGUUAUUACCAACAAGGUGGAAUUUUAUAAAUAUGCUGUGAAGCAUAUGACCAUUCCUGGAGACACAAAAAUGACCAAUAUCUAUGACCUAACACCCCUUGCUCUGGCCUGUAAACUAGGACGACCAGAAAUAUUUCAUGUGAUGCUUGAAUUAAGUGCAAUUGAACUAUGGCGUUACAGCAAUAUCACCUGCUCUGUUUAUCCGAUAGCAAACCUGGACACUGUUGACCCAGACGGAGUAACGUCAUGGACAACAGCUUUAAACCUUAUUCUUGAUGGUGAGACUGAUGAGCAUCUUGAUAUGAUGGAAGGUAAAGUUAUUAAACAAUUACUGGAUGAAAAAUGGAAGACUUUUGCUCAGAGAGGAUUUUUCAAAUUACUCGUUUUUGCCUUCUUACACCUCAUUCUCUUGAGUAUCGCUGUGUACACACGACCAAUUAGUGACUUUCUUCAAUACAGAGGUGCAAUAGAUGCUGUUCGAUUCCUUUGCGAAAUAAUUGUGUGUAUACUCUGUAUUCUUGUGCUGUCAUUAAGUGCAAAAGAUUUGUACCAACUUGGAAUAAAAGGUUUCCUGAAAAAUUCUUCUCAUGCUCCAUCAAAAACCAUAUUUGUCAUAUGCUGUGUGCUGACACUGCUGUGCAUCCCACUGAGGUUUGCAAAGCUAGAAGGUGCAGAAGACUUUCUUAUGAUUAUUGCUGUCCCUGGUUCGUGGUGUGUUUUACUGUUUUUUGCUCGUGGUAUGGUACUAACGGGACCAUUUGUGACAAUGAUAUAUAAAAUGAUAAUUGGUGAUGUCUUUCGUUUCGUUAUCAUAUAUCUUAUUAUGGUUGGAGCUUUUGCACAAGCAUUUUUCUUUCUGUUUCGGGAUAUCGAUGAUUCAAGCAUUACCACCUUCAGGGAUCUCGUUGCAACCAUAAUCAAUCUAUUCCAGAUGACCCUUGGAGAAUUUUCUUACGACCACAUGAACCAAGCUCACUACUCCACAUUAACCAAACUCCUUUUUAUAGUUUUUAUGAUCCUUAUUCCAAUACUUUUACUCAACAUGUUGAUUGCUAUGAUGGGCAACACAUACCAGUCUGUCAUGAACAAGGCUGAGAUUGAAUGGAAAAAGCAGUGGGCAAAAACAAUAUCUGUUUUGGAACGAAGUUAUUCAGAAAAAGAACUGAGAGAAUUUCAAGAAGAAUUUUCCAUUCCAAUAACAAAAAGUGGAGAAAGUGGAGAGUCAUCAAGGCCGCCCAGGGGUCUUAUGGUAAUCAAGGUUUCAAAUAAGACAAGAGCUACACAGCGAAAGGGAGCAUUAUCCAACUGGAAGUAUUAUGGAAAAGAGAUGAUUAAGCAAGUCAAAGAACACAUGAAGAAAAAUACAAAGGUACCAAUGGUUAUUCGAGAAAUGAAGAAGAAGAUGUAUAUUAAAGACAUGGAUGGCAAAUUUGUUUUGGCAUCAGAAGAGAAGAAUGUUAACCUGAUGUCAACACUACAGAGUGCUGCCUGGAGCGAGGACAUUGAUAUGGACAAAUCCAAAACAGCUAAGGCUUUAGAACCAAUUUCUGAAAAUGGAGAUGGAAGCACAAAGAAAGAAAAUAUACAGAAGAAACCAGAUGAAAGUUCUUUGGAAAACCGUGUGAAACCUAAAACUGAACCAGAAACCGUUUCUCAACCUGCAAAUAAAUCUCAACAGAAAAAUAAAUUUAUCUCUCUUCGUGAAAAUCCUGUAAAACGCAUGCAGCCAAAAGUGGCACCUUUGUGGAACACUCGUGCCUCAGAGCAAUAUGUACCUCAUGGUUCGGAUUACAUGGGUAGCCAAUACAAUAUUACAAACUUACGGGGCUUUCAGCCCCUUGAUUUGGACAAAAGUCCUGUGGACUACAGUGACACAACCAACAGCUCAAGUCCUUCAUUAAGAUCGAGCUCAGCAUCAUCACUCAGAUCGGCAUCAGCUCAAUCUAAAAAGUCUCGUCUCAGUUACAAAAAAUUACCCCGGUAAACCUGACCUCUGUCAGGGUUUUUUUUCUCUCUCUCUCUCUCUCUCUCUCUCUCUCUCUCUUUGUGUGCAUGUGUAUAUGUGUGUAAAUACAGGGUGUCCCAAAAUCAGCAAUCUAUUUUCAUAGAAUUAGGCAAAUUUAAAAAAAACAAACUAACAGAAUUUUAUGUUUAUUAUUUAAUUACUCUUUUACUCUUUUACUUGUUUCAGUCAUUUGACUGUGGCCAUGCUGGAGCACCACCUUUUGUCGAGCAAUUCGAC